CUUUGCGAUCAAUCAAGCUACAGAUUGCAACAGUUCGCAGGUCCCUUUGCGACGAUGGACUUGCUGUUACACACAAAGGCCAUGAAAUUUUUUGCAGGCUGCACUCCAUCAAAUCGGUAUUACAUAAGAUCAUAUACUCUGAUCCAAAACCACAAACUAAAAUCGUGUUGAAUUGAGAAGAAUCUGAAGAUGUCGGCCUUUUCUGCUGCGACUCACCAAUUAGCAAAAGGCACGGCUUGCAUUGAUUGUAGGAGACGAAAAGUGAAAUGUGGCGGGGAAUUUCCUUCCUGUAAACGUUGCGUCAGAGGCGGAUACGGACUUGACUGUCAAUACGUCGAUGAACGAGGCAAGACGGGUGUACAGCUCCUUGAAGCUAGUGUGACGAAACUCGAAACCAGACUCGCAGAAUUGCAGAUUCUAGCUGCUAAGAAGCAACAGGUACUCGAAAUAUAUGUACCAGGCCGUGGGGGCCUGCGUCAAAAUGCUUUUGAUCUAAAUCCUAUGUUUCGCCUGGUGCCGCCUAGACAUGCAAUUCGCCCUGUCACGUCUCUUCCAGAUGGAUGGUGGGAGUGGGUUAGAAUGCCGCUGGAAAUCACAAAACUUCUUAUGGACUAUUUUGCGCCUUACGCUUUCCAAUUUGGAUUCUUCAUGCACGGUCCUCGUCUUUGUCAACUUAUGUUUUCACAAUCGAAUUUCUGUUUGCUGUCACCCAAUCUACUCAAUGUGAUCUAUUUAUGGGGGAUCCAUCUGUCAGGGGACGAGAGGUUACUUGCUCACGAGCCUCUCUUUCUUACACGCGCUGUAACAUUUGACCUCUCAGGUCAACAACCUCGACAUGUUGUUCACAACAUUCAAGCGGAAAUCCUCCUUGUUGCUUAUUUCCUCCGUCUCGGCAACGUCAACUCUGCCAUGCAUCGUCUGAAUUCCGCGCUCUCUUUAUGCAUAAGCUACGGGUUGCAUAGACAAGCAUCCAAUCGACCCAAUAUAGCUAUAUCUCUUCAUCUCCCUCCGCCGCGUGAUUCUAUCGAUCAAGGCGAGCGCAUUGAUGCUUUCUGGACUACUUUCCUAUUCUACAAGGCUCUGGAUAUGAAAAAUAUGAUUUCGUUAAUUAUGGAUGAAUCUAUAGAUACACCCUUUCCACUCGAGAUGAGCGCUUAUGAAGGUGGCAUCGUUCCAUCCAAUCUGGGUGGUGUACGUACGCUGAAGAGUUUUGUGAACGCUCCCGGUGCAGAUUUGUCCCAUGGUGCCCUGGCUCUAACUGCAAAGGCGGCUGCACUCUUCGAACGCGCAAGGUAUUAUGGAGAGAAUUGGCAAUCAGUUCUUUAUCCGGAUGAGCAAAAAUUUGAGGAGGACUUGCUAUUUUUUAUAGAGUCGGUCCCACCUUUGUCACAAUUUGUUGGACCGUACACAAAAUACACAUGGAUCACAGUAGUUACUUUGUUGCAGGUGGCGGUGAUCCACCUUCAUGGUUCACGAAAGUACAAUGCCUCGAACCGGAAAUGUCUGGACGCGGCUCAAAUGGCAGCGAAUUUGAUUGCAAGCUUCAAUCAUCUGAAUAAUGUGCAAUACAUCCACCCAAUCAUGGCAUCGUUGUGGUUCACUAUAUGUGAAACCCUGAUCGCAGGAAUAAGGGAGUCACAGAAUAUGAACUUGACGGUCGGCUCCAACGAACACCUAUUUCAGUCCUUGGUAACGGUGGUACACGCGAUGGAAACAUUUAGCUGUAAUUGCUAUGAAAUGAAAGCCCAUCUUGUCCGAUUAAAUGGAAUGCUGCACCGUAUUUACAUUACCUAGUGACACUAUAGCAACUUGGGCUUCAAUGGCUAUCUGUGUAAUAAACGGACUCUGUCCAUCUGCGAGUUCGCUAAACGUAACUAGUCAGAAAAUAUUAUUGACGAAUAGAGAGGGCACGACUCACCUCUCUAUCGUCUUCUCCUUC